ACCAAACCUCCAAAAGCAGUUAGAGAUAACAUUGCCCCCCUGCUAUAAAUUUGCCACCUUGAUCCUGAUCUCUUCUCAUCAGCACCACCACCCUCAAAGCUCUUACUAGAACAGAGAGUUUGUACUGCCUACCCUGAGCUUGCGUGAGAGAUGGCAGCAACAGCAGCAGCAGCAGAGUUGAAGAAGAACUCCGGCGCCGAUGUGCUCGAUGCGGUGAUCACCUCGGUGUUCCAGCCAGGGAAGCUUGCAGUGGAGGUGAUUCAAGCGGAUCACAAUGCGGUACCGACACCGCCGAUCCCGGUGUUGAUCGUUGCUCCCAAGGAUGCAGGAACAUACCCUGUCGCCAUGCUCUUGCAUGGCUUCUUCCUCCAGAACCACUACUACAAACAGCUUCUCCGGCACGUCGCAUCCCAUGGCUUCAUCAUGGUUGCACCCCAGUUCCACUUGAGUAUGAUACCCACAGGUGACACCAAGGACAUAGAAGCAGCAGCCAAGGUGGCAGACUGGCUCCCAGAGGGUCUCCCUUCCGUGCUCCCCAAAGGGGUCGAGCCGGAGCUCUCAAAGCUCGCCUUGGCCGGACACAGCCGAGGAGGCCACACGGCAUUCUCUUUGGCCUUGGGGCAUGCCAAGAGCAACCUGUCCUUCUCAGCGCUCAUCGGCAUCGACCCUGUCGCCGGCACCGGCAAGUCUUCCCAGCUCGCACCGAAGAUCCUCACCUACGAGCCCUCCUCUUUCAACAUGUCGGCGGCAAUGCCGGUGCUGGUCAUCGGCACCGGGCUCGGUGAGGAGAAGAAGAACAUAUUCACCCCUCCCUGUGCACCCAAAGAUGUGAACCAUAGAGAGUUCUACCUUGAGUGCAAGCCGCCAUGCUACUACUUUGUGACCAAGGACUAUGGGCAUCUGGACAUGCUGGAUGAUGAUGCGCCCAUGGUGAUCACCUGCCUCUGCAAGGAUGGGGAUAGCUGCAAGGACAAGAUGAGGAGGUGCGUUGCAGGGAUCAUGGUGGCCUUCUUGAAUUCUGCCUUGGGUGGCAAGGAUAAUGCAGGGCAUGAUCUUGAGGUCAUAGUCAAAGACCCUGCGCUUGCGCCAACCACACUGGAUCCAGUCGAGUGCCGUCUGGAGUGAACUAAGCUGGUAAUAAUAUAAGCUCGUACUAAAGUUAAUAACCUCAUGCAGGUUGCUUGAAUACGUUAUUGUACUAUGAGUUUUGUGUUGAGCACAAGUCAUAAUAAAUCAAAUUGGAUACGUUAUGUUUUCUA